UUUGAACUUUUUUUUUAUGUGUACUCUCAAAGCCACCCCUGAAUAACACAGGCCAUUUCUUCUGUCACAGUAACAUUCUCUUUCUUUGGAGCAAACACAUCCUCUCUCACACACACAUGAAAGCAUACAGAUAGAUUGAAGAUAGGUUCAUUCUCGAUUACGUUUUUUCACCUUCCAAGAGAUAAAUCCAAAACAGCAGCACCACCAUUGUACCAAUCGAACAAGACACACACGUUCGAUACUCCAAAAGAAUCUCACUUUUUUCGUUUUCCUCGACGUCGUUCCAUGAUCUAGACUCGACGAGACGACCCUUCAUAGGAUCAUGCACAAUUCUUAAAACCCUUUUGUUUUUUUCUCUGGUAGUCGCAUCUAUCUUCUUCGUUUUUCUCGUUCUCGUUGAGAAUGAUGCAAAAGUGGCGUGUUUUUUUAUCCCUUGCUUCUUAGUUUGGUGACAUGCACCAUGCGGGCUACGUGAGUACGGAGGUGGCUGUGUGUUUUUUUUGUUUAUGAGUGUGUCGUUGUCAGAGACAGAGACAGAUAUAAAGACAAUAACAAUGGGAGCGGCGAAGCUCAACUAUGAGAAGGUUUCAGCAUGCGUGACAUGUCCUUUGUGCAAUAAGUUUUUCAGAAACGCCACCACAAUAUCAGAAUGCUGUCAUAGUUUUUGCAGGGAAUGUGUAGACAAGAAGUUAAUAGAUGAGAAAUUAAAGCACUGUCCAAUAUGCAAUAGAGACUUGGGUUGUUCUCCACAUGAUAAAUUAAGGCCAGAUCCUUGUCUGCAAGAUUUGAGGGAUAAAAUUUUCCCAUUAGAAGAACAAAAUGCUUCAGUCAAGUUGAACAUCAACAGAAAGAAGAAUUCUCCAUCUUUGUUAAAAAACAAUACAAAAAUAGACAAAGCUGCUUCAAAACCUGAUAAAGCAGAAGAUGAAAAGCGUGGUGAAGUAGAAGCUCUGGAAGAAGUUUCUAGUUAUACAAUAGGAUCCGCAAGAAGAGCCAAAGCUGCAGCUAGAUUAAAAUUUACUCGCUCUGCACCACCUCCUUCUUGUCAACUUGACAAAGUAGGGGGAGAAGAAAAGAAAGAUGGUGGUCUUCCCCCAGGUGAAACUUCCAACGGAAGUCUCAAAAUCAAAAUUCCGAAUUCUUCGAAAGCAAAUUCAAGUCAACAACCAGAGACCAACAAGAGGGACAAUUCUGAGCUUAGGAAUGAAAUGGCUGAUAUGUUUGAGCCAUUAAAUUCCCUGGUGGAACCUGGAAGCAAAAAGCCUCGUAAAAAGUCCACCAUGCAAGAAAAUACUGUCACUCCAAUAGUGCGCUCCCAUGACAAUGCUGCUGAUCAAAAUGAAUCAACUCCUUCAAACUCAGAUUCAGUCCAACACCAAAGGCCUCUGAGAACUCAAGAGAAAACAUUCAGAAUCUCUGAGGACUUGAAUUUUCCUGCACAACCUGAGAUUGGUUCCAACAUCAAAAGCAACAAAGAAUUUGGUCCAAUAUGGUUCUGCUUGGUUGCUGCAGAAGAGAAGAAAGCAAGUGCACGAUUGCCACAGUUAUCCUCCAGCUACCUAAGGGUCAAGGAUGGUAGUGUAACUGUUUCCUAUAUUAAAAAGUAUCUCGUGAAGAAGCUUGGUCUUGGUAGCGAAGCAGAGGUGGAGAUCACAUUACAAGGUCGGGCACUUUUAUCUUCAUUGCAACUACGAAAUUUAGUAGAUAUGUGGUUGCAAACAGUGCCAAAGAAUGGGAUUCAGGCAUCUGUUGGAAGCUCAGCCAAGGAUUUUAUUAUGGUCCUUUCAUAUGGUCGAAAGGCUUGUGACACCUCAUAAACUACCCUGCUAUGCUUCCUUAAAGGAUUUUUAUUAUUUUUCUGUCUAUUUGAAGCACCAAACUUUCUUGAUUGAGUUGUAUUUGCGGUAUAUACAUUAUACCCUUGAUUUACAAUAUAUUUUAUUGAUUAUUCGAGUUA